AUGUCGUCCACCACAGCCUCCGCUUCCUGGUCAGUGUCCAAGUCACAGUCGGAGAGCAGGGUAGCACCCGCCUUCUACAAGACGACACCUCCGCCGCACUGGUCCAAUGUCUCGAAGCCUUUGAGCGAUGCGGCACCCCUCGACGUGUCGCGACGAAAGUUCAAGUCGCCAUGGCCGUCGGCCGACAUGCACGGCAUGCUCAGCUUCUUCCGAACUCGUCUCUUUGAUUGGGACGAACCGCCUCUGCCGCCCAAGUUCGCAUCCAAAGCUGGAGGAGCCAUCCUUCCGCCCGUCCACAAACCCACCUGGACGCCUGCCGCCUCCGCCGAUAGUGCCGACAGCAUCGUCUACACUUGGCUCGGCCACGCCAUCUGCCAUCUUCAGAUCCCCAUCGGAAAUGGCCGAGUCGUGACCAUCCUCUGCGACCCCGUCCUUUCUCAGCGCGUAUCUCCCUUCCAGUGGAUCGGGCCUGCACGUUACACUGACGCUCCAGUCACCGUCGAGGAGAUGGCCGCGGACACGGAGAAAGGCGGCAAGAACGCAUGGCCCGACCUCCUCGUCCUCUCGCACAACCACUACGACCACACCGACUACAACACCAUCUCCAAGCUUCUCAACCCGCCGGCAUCCGCUCGCGUUAAGCGCCCACACGUCUUCUGCACGCUCGGCACCAAGUCCUGGUUCCAGUCCAAUUUUGGCCUCACGGACGCCGAGGUGACCGAGUGCGACUGGUGGGAGCAAAGCACGGUCUCGCUCGGCAGCGAAGCCGUGCUUAAGCUCACCUGCGUACCGGCACAGCACUUCUCGGGCCGCGGGCUCUUGGACCGCGACCGCACGCUCUGGGCCGGCUGGACCUUCCACGCCGUCUCCGAGGCUUCCUCCAAAGCGAGCGUGUACUUUGCCGGCGACACCGGCUACCGAACCGUGCCGCGCGGCAUGCCCAGGGAGGAAGAGGAUACGCUGCCAACCUGCCCUGCAUUCAAAGAAAUCGGCGAGGCGCUCGGACCAUUCGAUGCUGCACUCAUCCCCAUCGGCGCUUACGAGCCACGCUUCUUCAUGUCGACGGUGCAUCUGGCACCGCAGGACUCGGUGCUCGUGCAUCGCGACGUGCGCAGCAGGCGCUCAUACGGCAUCCACUGGGGCAGCUUCCGGCUCACGCCCGAAGACGUCAACGAGCCUCCCAAGCGUCUCAUCGAGGAGGCGCAGCGUCAGGGCAUCGACCUGGCCGAGUUCGCCACCAUCGAGAUCGGCCAGAGCGUCGCCAUCCCCAUUGCCGCGUUGGCACCGAGCACGACCAAGGGCGCGAAGGACACGACGGCGGCGGUGGAAGAGGGCGAGGCACUGCCUGAGUCCAAACUGGGUACCAAGCAGCACUGGGACGAGGUGUACGCGCGCGAGGUGUCGGUGUUCAACGAGAUUGGCGAAGAGGGCGAGGUGUGGUUCGGCGAGGAUGCGGUGAUGCGUAUGAUCCGCUUCCUCGAGACGUACUACACCGACACCGUCGCUGGCGAGUUCUCGUCCGAAGAAGAGGGCAAGGCGCCCGCUGUGCUGGAUCUGGGCACGGGCAACGGUCAUCUGCUAUUCGAGAUGCUCGAGUCGAGUGCUGAUCUGGAGGAGAUUGUUGCGCCGAGCCGUCUGGUGGGCGUCGACUACUCGGCGGCGUCGAUCGAGCUUGCGCGGUCCAUCGCCACCAAACGCGGCGGCACAUGCGAGGAGGUCCGCUUCGAAACCGCCGACAUCUUGGACCCAGCCAAUGUGCAGCACCUCGUCGACAUGCCCAGGAGCCAACUCGGAUGCAGCGAGACCGGAUGGGACCUCGUGUGCGACAAGGGCACACUCGACGCCAUUGCGCUCUCGUCCCAGCCCAUCGACGGCACCCUCCCCAUCGAUAGAUACACCGAGGCAGUUGCCAAGCUCACAAAGAAAGGUGCCGUGUUCCUCAUCACCUCGUGCAACUUUACCGAGGCCGAACUCGUCGCGCGCUUCACCGCGCACGGGUUCACCGUGCAGCAGGUCGUCCCCACCCCCGCAUUCACCUUUGGCGGCGCGAAAGGCUCCACCACCACCACCAUCGCGUUUGAGAGUGCGUAA